CAAGAUGACCCCUCCACCUCUGAUCGUCUUGUUCUCCCGUCGUUAUUCUCAACGAUGAUGGGAUCUGUGAUUCUCUGAUCCUAUUUCCAGAGUUCGUUACUCGUUGGACCUUCGCCUUGUCCCCGGUAACUCCCACCCUCGUUCGCACGGCCCAUCUUCGUCACAGCCCUAAGGUGCAAGGAAGUCCGUGCCAAACUCAUCUCAUCAACCGCCUUUGGCCCUCAUCCUUCCAAAACUGCCAUCCUCAGUUCCUGACGAGCCAUUCAAGAUGGUUCGAAACAUCGUUGUGCUGGGUGGAACUGCCCACCCGCACCUGAACAAAACCAUCUGCGACCAGCUCGGCAUUCCUCCGGCAAACAUCUUGCUGUCGAAAUUCUCCGUUGGAGAAACUCGAGUGGAAAUAUAUGAGUCGGUUCGGGGUAAAGAUGUGUAUAUUAUCCAAUCCGGUGGAGGAAAAGUAAACGAUCACCUUAUGGAGCUCCUUAUCACCAUCUCGGCCUGCAAAACGGCAUCAGCCAAACGUGUCACUGCGGUGCUCCCUCUUUUCCCCUAUUCUCGCCAGAGUGAUAUCCCAUAUAAUAAAACUGGAGCUCCCCUGGUCAAGUCUCCCACCAACCGGAACGACACUAGCCCUGCGUACACUUUCGAGAGUACCCCACCAACCCCGCAUCCCGCAAAAGCAGACAGCCUCGGCCUCGUAAACGGUAUAGAUGGGUUACAAAAGGGCCUUGCGACUGCACAGCUUGAGGACCGGGAAGGCUCUGGCAACACGAGCCCGCAAAAGGCGCGCAUUUCCCAUUAUGUCAAUGGCGUUCCGAAGCGUAGCGACACCAUGGACUCCAUUAGAUAUGAGGCGGCGACCAAGGGCGAUCGGAAUGCAGCUCCUGUCAACGGAGUACAUUCUCACGAUGAUUCCGCCAGCGUGACGUCGACCUCAUCUAAAUUGAGCACCUUCCAACCGCGCCCUGGAUACCGCCAAUGGGUUGCCCAGGCAGGGACCCUUGUGGCUGACUUGUUAACUUGCGCCGGAGCAGAUCACGUCAUCACGAUGGAUUUGCAUGAUCCCCAAUAUCAAGGAUUCUUUGAUAUUCCAGUCGACAAUCUCUAUGGUCGACCAUUGCUCAAAAAAUACAUUCAAGAGAAUAUUCCUAACUAUAAGAGCUGCAUUAUUGUUAGUCCGGAUGCUGGUGGCGCUAAAAGAGCUACGGCCAUCGCUGACUCGAUGGGCAUGGAGUUUGCAUUGAUCCACAAGGAACGCCGUCCGACAAAGAUUGCAGACAGACAGAACGCCACUAUGAUGUUGGUUGGCGAUGUGAAGGACCGCACAUGUAUCCUGAUUGAUGAUCUUGCUGAUACUGCCAACACCAUCACUCGCGCUGCCAAGCUGCUAAAAAAGGAAGGUGCAUCGAUGGUCUAUGCGCUGGUGACGCAUGGAAUUCUCAGCGGUGAUGCGAUUGACCGGAUCAAUGCGAGUGGGCUUGAUAAGGUGAUUGUUACUAACACUGUGGACCAAGAUGAUCACUUGAAGCGCUGUCCAAAGUUGGAAGUUUUGGAAGUAGGCCAAGUAUUUGCAGAGGCCAUCCGUCGUGUGCAUCAUGGAGAGAGUAUCAGUGUUCUUUUCCAGUACGACUAAGCGGGGCUCUUGCCUCAUCUCCUCUGUUCUGCUCAUGCAGACUAAUUGUCAAUUUGGCCUAAAUCACAUCCUCCAUGUGGACAUUAUAAUGUCCCGCCCAAAAAAGAAAAGCCUAGACCUAAUACAGCAAUGCCAAUAUGGCAAAAAUUCCUUAUCUUGUUUUACCUGAUCUUCCCUGUUCAUGGUUUCUUCAUGAACUAUGUCUGGCUAGAUGGUUGCGGAUACCACACAAUGCAUGUUAUUUUCCCCAUUUAAACCAAAAAAAAAAAAAAUUCUUUUUCUAUCAUACCUCUCCCUUUUUGUUCUGUCCUCAGUACUAUCAUUUCUGCAUCACGUGAUACAUAAAGGAGAGGAAAAUUUGGCUGCACGUGUUAAGAGGAAGUUGGCCAGACUUGAGAUUUUGUUCCCUUUUCAAGUACAUCUCAGUACCUGUCUGCACUGUCUCCAUUGCUGUGUCAGUCAUUUUGCUUACAUACAUGUCUACAUACACACCCACACCACAUGAAAUGAUAAGCGGACAUGUUCUGGUUGUCUCUGGUUUAGAUUGUUGGAACACAGGACAGAGAAGAAUAGGGAUCCACUGCAAUCCAGUUGGGCUCCUGAAUAAGCUGUGGAUAGUUAGCAAAAUCUGUGAAUUCAUUGUUUUUGUGACUCAGCGAGGACUGCAAAGUUCAAACAUGCAGGAAUGAUCUUUUAUAAGUUCCAAUUGUUGGCCAUAUCUACUGCCCAAGUCACGUUGUACAUAGCCU